AUGCUCAAAAAUAGUCUCGUAAUCUCCCAACUCUUCAGCCUUGAUUUCUCCUCUGGCUACGAAAAACUCUUCGACGACUCUGGGACCCCUCCGUAUAGAGACGCCGCCGCCACUGAGUGUGCACGUGAUCUUCCAUACAUUGGAGGCUACAAUCUUCAACAUCUCCAAGCAAAGAAUCCUCCCAUAUUUCUGCAAUUUUGUAUGGCUGAUCAAGAGCUCGAUUUGGUUGCCAAAGUCGAUCUUCGACUUGCACUCGCCGAUUCCGAAGAUCAGUUGCAAAAAGCCCUUGCAUCGUAUUUGCCACCCUUACUACUCAAACUCGCAAGCAGCCAUGGAGCAGUCAGACAGGCGGUGUUUAAAAUUAUUCAGAAUGUUUUUCCCAGAAUCACCGCUGCUAGAACGAUGAGGUUGCCCGUGGACGCGUUGUUGCUGCAAAUCCAGGCUCCCAACGUGCCCAAUGGCGCUGACUCCGGUCAAGUCAGACUCUACAGCUUACUUUUCCUUCAAAAAGGCAUUGAGCGCCUCACUCCUGAAGAAAGGUUCCUGUUGAUUCCAAAAUUGCUACAAGGGUACCAUACGUAUCCUCCAGCGGUCACAAGCCGUGUUUUUGCAGCGUUGCUCAAGUGCUUGGACGGGUACAAGGCGCCUGCUCGUGAUAGUGACGAGUACGAGAAGUGCCGCGAGCAAUUGGGGUUUGAUGUGCGUCCUGAGGAUGAAAGGGCUUUAGUGAAGACUGCUUCGAAGUUCUUUUUGCUCUUGCCGAAUGCUAAUGCCCCGAUACAGACUCCUGGAAUGAGUGUUCAGGAUCUGGCCCAUUUCACGAAGGACGCCGGUGUCACCUACAAGUCGUUGGGCGAAAUUCAGGAGGCCAAAUUACGCAUUAUGGAGUUGCUAAGUGCUGGGUUUACCGAAAGUUUGCUUGUCUUGCCUUUAUUGAUUGCCUCCGCCGAUGGCUCCUCUUCCAUUAACAACAAGGCGGCACUUUGGUUCAAGAAGCUUCCCCUUGACUUGGAGGAUAAGUACUUGAUCGACAGUAUGACCGAACUCUUUCUUGGGAAGUCAGAGCCAUUGACUCCUCCAGUGUCGCCAACUCUCCAAGAGAAGAUCUUGGCUUUACUUUGUAAGUCUAAAUGUGCAAUGAGAGACCCCAGAACGAGGCAAAUCUCGGAACAUGCACUCAAUUCUGAAUAUUCAAGACUCAGACAAACCGCUGUGGCUUAUAUUCGUACUGUCACAAAGUCAAGUAGCGGAGCUUCGCAAGAAGGAGCCGGGCUGACCCAGGGCGAUUUCAAUUUGUCAAUUCUUUCUAAACUCAAAGAUAGUAUUAUGAAAGACGGUUGGCCGGAGAUGGAUACCUCUCAGGUGCUGAAUUAUAGACAAGCUGUUAACCUGAGAAUGCUACAGUAUGAAGCGUUGGGUGACAUCUUGCGCUACGCUCCACAACUAUGGGAAGCAGACUUGACUUACAUCAAAUUCCUUUUUGACUCCUUAGAAGAGGAGAGCAUAGAACUUCGCCCUGUUGUUCAGGAUGUCUUAUCUGCUCUCGAACCACACUUAUCUAGACUAUCCAGCGAGUGCAAGUCAGAAUUGAAGAAGGUCUUGAGAAAGUACUUGGAGUUCUCAAACUCCUCAAGUAAUCUCAGCGCGUGUUGUUAUGUGGCCAUGAAGUAUUCCAAUUCAGCUUUUGCGUUUCUGGAUGCGGAGGCACGCUACCUCUGUUUCCUUGGCUCCGCUAAAUCCAAUAACCCAGAAACUGUAGAGGAAGCAAACAAAGGCUUACAACCAUACUACUUCAAUCUUUUGAAACAGUCAAACAACCUUGACUUCCGAUCAUCAAGAGAAUUUUUGGGCACUGAUUCAUCAGUCAGAUUUCCAGCAUUUACUGAUCUAGUUAAUGUUCUUCAAGCAGGGUUAUCGCAAGCAGACGAAGAAAGCACUCUUUUCCAGAGCCUAGGCGUAGCUGUCCGUUUUAUACUUCGAGCUUUUGUGAUGGAGGUCACAGAGGACCAUUCGACUGUUAUAGUUGUUGACGAAGACUGGGGUGCUCGAGUAGACAAAGCAUUGGAAGUUGAUGAAACUGUUCAAUCCUUGGUGAUAGGGGGAUUAGCCCAGGAGAAGAACUUACAAGGUGUUCAAUCAUUCCUUUCCAUCUGUUUUGAUUCGUUGUACAAUCUGCAUUUUGGUGGCUCUCAGUAUGUCUCAGACACAGGUUUCAGCACCGUUUUGGCACAAGUUAUAUCAUUCGCUCCCUCAAGUGCUGUUUCUCAGUUGAAAUCCUAUUUACCUAAAUUGUUGUUACUCCUCGAUGAAAAAGUGCUAGCGCUGACAUCUGCCCGAGAGGUUUGCAAGAUUUUAGGAAUGAUUGCUGCUAAUCGGGCCGUCUUGGAUAAUGAAGUACUUGAGUUACUCAGCAGGCUUGUGGAUAUGUCUGAUACUGGAAACAACGCCAGCAGGAUCACCGGUCGUCUCUUAGCACAAGCUUACAUCAUAUCACGGCUCGCAUUAGUACAGCGCAAUGACUUGCUCAGCUCGCAGACUUUCAAAAGCUACAUACAACAGCUUCGAGAAGGUAUAAAGGAUUCUAGGUCUUAUGAUGCUGUACUUGAGUCUCUCAGCCAACUUGCAAUUUUUGGUGUUCUAGGUCCGCAGCUUGAGUUAUAUGAUGAUAUCAAAAAGGAUGUUCGAAGUUUCAAAGAAGUUAUCAUUCCAAGAGCCAAAAAGUGUCAUGAGCUAUCUGUUUUGGCAUUGCUGAAAUUAGAGCUUUCACUCGCCGAAACCUAUGACUCGAUGCAAAAUGAUGAAUUGACAGAAACAGAACAAAUAAUCUACGACACUCACACAUCCAAACAACUUGAUUACACAUUGGCUAGUGGUGAGGCGUUUGCCAUAGUGGCAGGCGGGUGGAAGUCCAGGAUACUCCAACAGGAACUUGAUAUUCAGGGUGUUCAAGUGGCCCACGUCCCUCAGUCCACAGGAAGAUUGCCAGUCAUUUUAAAGAACGUGCUCGAGGCUUGCGCAAACACCAAGCCCUCGCUUAGAAGAGCAGGCUGCUUGUGGCUACUUUCACUUGUACAAUAUCUAAGUGGAGAGAAGGAAAUUGCAGAGAAUGCAUCUCGAAUCCAUGUGGCUUUUAUGCGCUUUCUCGCUGACAGGGAUGAACUCGUCCAAGAGCUGGCAUCACGAGGAUUGAGCAUUAUCUACGAAUUAGGGGACGCAGAUCUCAAAGAAACAUUGGUAAAGGGUCUUUUCAGAUCGUUCACGGACUCAGAAACUUCGACCAACCCUACUGCAGGUACGGUAGACCUAGAGACGCAGCUAUUUGAUCCGAACGUAUUAAAAACCCAUGAUGGUUCCGUUUCCACUUAUCGAGACGUACUCAAUUUGGCGCAAGACGUGGGCGAUCCAGGAUUAGUUUACAAGUUCAUGUCUUUGGCCAAAUCAAAUGCCUUAUGGUCCUCGAGGCGUGGAAUGGCAUUCGGUCUCGGCUCAAUCAUGGCAAAGUCUAGCUUGGAUGACAUGCUUUCAAAAAAUAAAAAUCUCAGCACCCGUUUGAUUCCAAAGCUUUAUAGAUACCGCUUCGACCCGAACUUGGCGGUAGCUAAGUCCAUGGGUGACAUCUGGACUGCUCUUAUCAAAGAUACUCAGAAAACAAUACGAGAGUAUUUUGAUGUCAUCCUCAAUGAAGUCUUGAAAGGAAUGGGUUCGAAGGAAUGGCGCGUUCGCCAGGCAAGUACCGCAGCUCUUGGUAAUCUAUUGCAGACACUGCCUUUAGAGCUAUACGAACAACGACUCGAAGAAAUCUGGAACAUGAGUUUCCGUGCCAUGGACGAUAUAAAGGAAAGUGUUCGUAAAGAGGGGACCCAGCUUUGUCGUCUGUUAGCUAAAACUUUAUCAAGACUUGCAGAUGUAAGCACUGGAAAUGCAACUGUUGCUAAAGCAACUGAGGUGUUGAAUUAUUUGAUUCCUUUCUUUUUGAGUUCUAAAGGGCUUCAUAGUGAUGCAAAAGACGUGAGAGAGUUUGCCCUUGAAACCAUUGUGGAUUUAUGCAAAGUUGGUGGUAAGGCUGUGAAGCCUCACGUUCCAGAGCUAUUGGAGACUUUCAUACAAUUGAUGUCCACUCUAGAGCCUGAGAUAGUGAACUAUUUGGUUUUGAAUGCUGAAAAGUACAACCUCAGAACGAGUGACGUUGAUGCAAAAAGAAUACAAAGUCUCGGUCACUCACCAAUGAUAGAUGCAAUUGAGAGACUCCUUGCGCUUGCCGAUGAAUACCUCAUGCCACAUCUUAUUGUGGCACUUCAAAGGUCGGUAAAAUCCUCUGUUGGCCUUCCAUCGAAGGUUUGUGGUAGCAGAGUGAUCGUUAAUCUUAUCAACAAAAAGUACGCUAUCGUGAAACCUUUUGGCGACAAGCUUCUUGCAACCUGUAUUCAGCAAUUAAAUGACAGAAACGAGGCGGUAGCUUCGUCCUAUGCUGCUGCCGCAGGGUAUGUGUCGAAGAUUGCUAGCAUGGAUGCUGUGUUGAAGUAUAGUGAGACAAUUGCUAGGAUGUAUCUUGAAGCGGAGGACGAAGCAAAAAGAAGACUAGCAGGUAUUGCGUCCGAAAGCGUCAGCAAAUAUAGCGGUCUGGAUAGAUUUGAGGCGGUUGCAUCGGCUUUCUUGCCAUUGGUUUUCGUUGCCAAGCACGAUGAAUCCGAGGAAGUGAGAGAGAUAUUUGAAAGAGAAUGGAUUGAAAGUUCAAGCGGUAAUAGUGCCGCAAAAAUAUAUUUCGAUGAGAUCAUAAAGAUUAGCGAAACAUACGGAAAGCUGACCAACCAUUAUAUUCGUCAAGUCAUUGCACGCUCAUUGGCUGACUUCUGCCAAUCUAUCGAUAUCGAUUCUGAGAAGCAAUUAAAAGCGCUUUUCGACAUUCUUCUCGAUUUUUGUAAAGGAAAGUCCUGGAAUGGUAAGGAGUUGGUUUUCGAUGCGCUUGUGACUUUCACUUGUAACAAAUCUGCCUUUGUUCGUAAGAACGAUGAGUUACUCAAUGCGAUAUACCACAUCGUUCAAGUCGAAAGCAAAAGACGAAACAAAAUUUACCAGGUUAAGGCCAUUCAAAGCGUGGGGAAGUUUGUUCACGAGUAUCCAGAAAAUGAUGAACUAGUCCAAAAUUAUAUUGAGGUCUUGAGACUUGUACUUUCUGAAGAUUACAUCGAAGAUCUUGAUCUCACGGAGUUCACAUCCAUCUCAAACUUUAACAAGAACCAGGAGAAAAUCAUCUACGAGGAAUUUCACUUAAAUCUAUUGAAAAACAUCUUUCAAGCUGUGUCACCCAAAAUUGUUCACAAAGACCUUCUCCAAUUAGCAUUUGAAGAAUUGGUUAAGUUCAAAAACUCAGACCAUGAAAAAUCUUGGAGAACGUGCACAGGGUUUAAUGAAAACUUUAAGCUUCUAUUAGAAGGCUUGGAGAAGGAGAGUACCUCGCUCAGUGUAUCGGAACUAAAUAUGAUUGCUGAAGCCUUCACAAUCCUUUUCGAAUUCGACGAAAAGGGAAUGUUGGAGAAGAAUAUCAUCAUGUUGGCGAGAAACUCGAAGGUAUUGCGUAACGUUUUCAAAGAGAACGGUGACACCAACAGAGUUAGAUUUAUCGUCGACAAUCUCACAAAGUUAAAACGUGAAUCCAUUUCUACGAUAACAUCUAAUGAGUUACAAAGUGCCAUUGACCAUUUUCAAUGA